AUGGCGCUGUCCAUUGGCAAUUGCCUCCCUUCCAUUCUACAGUACGAUGCGCCUGAUGCUGGAUAUUUGGCUUUGAAGCCAGGGCAGGAAGUGAUCAUCGAAUACAUAGGAGGCAGUGAUGAGCCAGACUGGCUCUAUGGCACUUCGGCGGGCGAACGCGGAUGGUUUCCCAAGUACUGUGUGCUGAACGCUCCUCGGUCCCCGCCACCACCGUUGCCACCACCGCCGCCGCCGUUGACCGAAAGUGCCCGAGAGCAGGCGGCAUUUGCUUUGUCGCAGCUGGAAGAUGAUGAGCUCGAGGCUGUCAUAUGUGAAGAGCUUCUCCGAAGGCCAGAGCUGCGGGCCAAGAUGCGGCAUGUGCCCCCUUCGUCGCCGUCGAAGUCCAUUCCGUGGAGCGCUAUCGCUUCUGGAGAGGCCAAGCAGGUGAGACCGCUGCGGAGCACGAUUGGGGAGGCGCCGCACCGGUCAGCUCAAAAGAACGGAUCGCCCACGUUGCCCCCCGCAGCAGAGAGUCUUCAGGAAACAGAAGCAUUCCGUGACUCAGAUUCAUCAUCACAGAAGCAGGAGGCCUCUGAGCCGCUUUCGGCUUCGGUGAAGCGGACCUUCUGCAAGUUCUGGCAGGAGAACAAGUGCACCAAGGGUGACUCUUGUACUUUUGCCCAUGGUGAUCACGAGAUUGGCCAGCCAAUUCCUGAGCCCGGCGUCUCGCGGAACGAAGUGAGCAUGGUGUCGAGGAAAAAGGUCCUUUGCAAGUUCUGGCAAGAAGGGAACUGCUUUAAGAGUCCGGGCUGUACAUUUGCCCAUGGAGAGCACGAAUUGGGCCAGCUGAUCGACAACGAGCUGGCACGCCUGUUUGGCUCCCGAAAAUCGGAUUUGGGCCCCUCGGCGAAGAAACAUCGAAGCCGACGCAUGGAGUUGUGGCCUGCGGUGAUCCUGCCGUUGGGGAAGGGUGCCGUGCAGGCGGUUCUGGUUGGCGACCAGUGUCAGUUGCCGGCCACCGUGCUCUCACAGGAGGCGCAGAAAGGAGGCCUAGACAUUUCAAUGUUCGACCGGCUCCUCUCCAUGGGCAUGGAGGUGCAGUUCCUCAGCGAGCAAUACCGCAUGCACCCGCAGAUCGCGUCCUUCUCUUCCUGGCGCUUUUAUCGCGGCGAGCUGAAGAGUGCCGUGAGCGAGUCGCAGCGUCAGCUGCCGCGCGGAUUUGUUCUGAGCUCCCAUGUGGUGCUCCUGCACGUGGAGGCCGGAAGGGAAAGAGGGGAGAUGAGAGUGGUGACGCUUGAAGGAAGAAACAUGAAGAAACCGCAUAUGAAGAGGCCCGAGCAUCAGGCUCCUCCGGAGAUUUUUUACAACGAUGAGGAGUCCGAAAGGUAUGCCACCAGCAGCCGAAUGAUCGAGAUCCAGACCAAGAUGACGGAACGUGCCCUGGAGCUGUUGCUGCUCCCAGACCGGCCCUGCCUUUUACUGGACGUCGGUUGUGGCUCCGGUAUUAGUGGAGAGACCCUCAGCGAAGCUGGACAUCUCUGGGUCGGCUAUGACAUCUCUCCGUCGAUGCUCCGCAUCGCCCGGAGCCGCGAGGUGGACGGAGAUCUCUUUUUGGCAGAUGCAGGGCAGGGCCUGAACUUCCGACCCGGCACCUUUGACGGCGCCGUCUCCAUCUCUGCUCUGCAGUGGCUUUGCAAUGUUGACAAAAAGGGCCAUGAGCCUUUCAAGCGUUUGCGGAGAUUCUUCGAGCUGCUGUAUAGCUGCCUGCGCAAAGGGGCACGUGCGGCCUUGCAGUUCUACCCAGAGACUGCAGCACAGGUGGAAAUGAUCACCGCGGCCGCCCUGCGCUGCGGCUUUGGUGGUGGCCUGGUGGUCGAUUACCCCCACUCCGCCAAAGCGAAGAAGCACUUCCUGGUGAUCUAUGCAGGUCUGUCCGGAGAGCAACCUGCAAGCAUGCCAGAGCCCAUGGAGGAGGACGACGAACAGGUGGCGGUUCACAGCCGCGAACGGGAAGUGAAGAGAAAGAAGGGCAAAGCACAGGCCUCCUACAAGGACAAGGUCUUGAAGAAGAAGGAACAUCAAAGAAAGAAGGGUUUCGGCGUCAGAAAGGACACGAAGUACACGGCACGGCCCAGGAAGUCUGGAGAGGAUUCCAGUGAUGCGUGGUGUGGGGAGCGGAUCGGCCUCGGGUGUCGGCAACUGGUGCGACCAGCCCAUACUUUUGCCAAUGGCUCCACCUACACAGGUGAGUGGUUAGGUCUUGUUCGGCAUGGAUAUGGGAAGCAGGUGUGGCCAGACGGAGCUCGCUAUGAGGGCCAAUGGUGCCAUGACAUGGCGAACGGCAUGGGGCGCUUCCAGCAUGGGGACGGCGAUGUUUACGAGGGCCAAUGGAAGAACGACAAAGCAGAGGGCCUUGGCAAAUAUACGCACGGCAACGGCUCCACCUAUGUUGGCCAAUGGAAGGAGGAUGCGCAGCACGGUUAUGGCAUCGAGACGUGGCCGGAUGGCGCCAAAUACUUAGGGCUGUACGAGAACGGUCUCAAGGCUGGCAAGGGGUGCUUCACCUGGGUGGACGAGUCCACCUACUUCGGCGACUUCAAGGACAAUGACAUCGCUGGGCACGGCAUGUACGUUUGGGGAGACGGGCGGAAGUAUGUGGGAGAAUGGGCGGCCAAUAGCAUGCAUGGACAUGGCAGGUUCGCAUGGCCCGAUGGCAAAGUCUACGAAGGUGGCUAUGUGCAAGAUCAUAAGGAGGGCUGUGGAAGAUUCAGGUGGCCGAGCGGCCAAUGCUUCGAAGGACAAUGGAAGGGUGGAAAGCAAAACGGUUGGGGAUACAUGACAUCUGAGCAAGGGCAGACAGAGGCUGGAGAAUGGGAUUUUGGCCUCCGAAAGGUCUUGAUGCGUGAGAACAGCUCCACUUCGGUGAACAAGGUCAACUCCUCCCGUGGCGCUUGA